AUGUUAGGCUCUUUUGCUCGUAUUUUCCCUAUCCUUUCGCGUUUUAUUUUCGAUGGAUCGGUUGUCUUCCAUAUCGUCCCUCCAUUUUUGCCCACAAUUGCGAUACCAUCAGACGCUUUUUGUGUUUGCCCAGUGCAACCAAUCUAUUGGCUCGUCUGCCCGGCCGGAAGAGCACCGGUAUUGAUUCACACUCUCUUAGCUUAUCGACUACCUGAUUGGCCCAUCUUUCGGCUUCCCCAGACAUCUUUACACCGGAUUGUCGCCCAGGCUACACAGCCUUAUGUUCUUCAGAUCCGGACUUCUUCUGUGCCGGGCUUCUUCUGUGUCUGUCUUAGAUGGGCCGGAGCGUACAGCUUUUUGAGCCAAUUGCAGUCCGUAAUUCGCGUCGUCUUCGUCUUUGGGCCUUUGAUUUAG